CAGAACCAUGGUUCGACUAACAAUGGACCUAAUUGCUAAAAAUGCUGGUCACAAGAACCGUACUGAAGAGGAUUUUGGACAAUAUCUGCAAAAAUUAACUCAUCUGAAUUUGUCAGAUAAAAAUAUAGAUUCAAUUGGUGACCUCUUGUUCUGUAAAAAUCUGAGAGUUCUGUAUUUAUAUGAUAACCAAAUCAACCAAAUCCAGAACUUGGACUUUGCUUCAAACAUAACACACCUUUACCUUCAGAACAAUCGUAUUUCAAGUAUAGAAAAUCUCUCAUCGCUGAAAAAACUUGAAAAAUUGUAUUUAGGAGGCAACUAUAUCACUGUAGUAGAGGGUUUAGAUAAAGUAGGAGAACUGAGGGAGCUACAUAUUGAAAGUCAACAUCUCCCUGUUGGUGAAAAGCUUCUGUUUGAUCCAGUAUCUCUUAACUCCCUGGCAAAAUCUUUGUCCGUAUUGAAUAUCAGCAAUAACAACAUUGAUGAAUUAGAAGAACUGGCAGUUUUGGAAAAUCUUUCUUAUCUUAAAGCAGUCGACAAUCGACUUAAACAUAUGAAGGAUUUGGAGGUUGUAUUAAAGAAAUGGACAAAGCUACGCAGAAUAGAUCUUACAGGAAACCCCAUCUGCCAAAAACCAAAGUACAAGGAUAGGAUUAUAGUACAGUCACUGACUUUAGAAUCCCUGGAUGGGAAAGAAAUUCAAGAAAUGGAAAGACGUUUCUUAAUUAAUUGGAAAGCCUCUAGAGCUGCCAGGAAAAAAAGCAAUGAAAGAAUGACUGAUGAACAUGCAGCCUAUGUAGAAUUUUCUGACUUAGAAGCACCUUUUCGCACAGUUCCUUUUCACCCCAGUCACUCUGUGAAAGAAAACACAGAUUUUUUAGAUUUGGCUCACAAGCAGAAAGUUGAAAGAAAACCUCUGCCAAGAAUCCGUGAAAGAAGGAGUCAGAUGAAAACUCGGGUUGAGGAGGAAUCUGAAGCAACAACAGAAUUGCUUUGAAUUCUAAAGGCCAGAAGUUACAGGAUGUGAAGAUUUUGCCAUUAUUGGUUUUUAUUUUUCAAAGCUUACAAAGAAAGAUACUGGUGUCCCUUCGGA